CAAGCGUUAUACGUCAGUAAGAGAGUCUCGUUUAUACCUUACACCUGCCUGUCAGUGCGUGCUGUCCGCCCUCCACAAUGUACACGUGGGCAAACUGAGGCACACCACUGCUCAUUAAGAGCUAGCUUUGUUCCGGGUCUCGCGCUGAGUAGUGCACGUGAAUUCCCUCAUCAGCCCUCUGUGUGGUGGGGGAAGGUCCACGGCCAUAGAUCCAGCGAAGAGCAAGCAAGUCAGGCUGGUUCCCCCCAAGUGAGCCCGGGGGCUCAGAUCCAGGUUCAGACGCCCAGCUCACCCCCCAGCUGUGGGCUCCUGAGUCAUCAGCCUGCUCUCUGGCCCUCCUGAGAGCGCCUGUUCUAGGUUCAGCGCCUUCCCCGCACACCGGCCAGGCCUGCGCUGGGGAAGGGGCCGGGUAAACAGGAUGGUCGCACACAGGAUGAUUACUGCAGGAGGAAGUGCCUUUGAGCUGAGCUCUGAAGGAAGAGUAGGUGUUGGCCUGCUGACGGGAGGAUGUUUCUGGGCAGAAGAAACAGCAGAUACCAGCGCUGGGGCGGGGGACCACAGGGCCUGAGGAGGAAGCUGAGGAUGAAGCUGAGCCCUCCACCGCACUGGCCGCUGUCCUGCUUCCUUGUGCUGCUGCCCUGGCCUCUGGCUAUGCCAACAUCAACGACCCCUUGGCAGUGCCCACCCGGGGAGGAGCCCAACCUGGACCUGGGGCAGGGCACAUUAUGCAGGUCCUGCCCCCUGGGCACCUUCUCAGCCUCGUGGGGCUCUAGCCCAUGCCAGUCCCACUCCCGCUGCAGCCUUCGAGGGAGGCUGGAGGCCCGGGCGGGCACAGUGACUCAAGACACACUAUGUGGAGACUGCCGGCCUGGGUGGUUUGCCCCUUCAGAGGUCCCCCGUGUUCCCUGUCAGCCGUGCUCCUGGACACCUCUGGGUCCUCGCAGUUGUUAUGAGCGGAGAAGGCGGACCCGGCGUGGUGUGGCGGCGGCAGCAGGGGCCAGAGGCACCGGGGAGACUCGGCCGCCUGGGAACAGCACGCGGGCAGGCGGCCCUGAGGAGACGGCGGCCCCGUACGCAGUUAUCGCCAUCGUGCCCAUCUUCUGCCUCAUGGGGCUGCUGGGCAUCCUGGUGUGUAACCUGCUCAAGCGGAAGGGCUACCACUGCACUGCCAACAAGGAAGUCGGGCCCGGCCCUGGAGGUGGAGGCAGCGGGAACAACCCCGCCUACGGGGCUGAAGACGCCAACGAGGACACCAUCGGGGUCCUGGUGCGCCUGAUCACGGAGAAGAAAGAGAACGCAGCGGCCCUGGAGGAGCUGCUGAAGGAGUAUCACAGCAAACAGCUGGUACAAACCAGCCACCGGCCUGUGCCCAGGCUGCCGCCCAGACCCAGCAUGCCGUACAUCUGCCCACACUACCACCACCUCCACACCGUGCAGGGCCUGGCCUCGCUCUCUGGCGUCUGCUGCUCCCGUUGUAACCAGAAGUGGCCCGAGGUGCUGCUGUCCCCUGAAGCUGCGGCCGCUACCACGCCCACUCCCAGAUAUCUGCCCAACCCAGCCAGGGCGCCCAAGGCCGGGGCCAAGGCCGGACGCCAGGGCGAGAUCACUAUCUUGUCUGUGGGCAGGUUCCGCGUGGCCCGAAUUCCUGAGCAGCGGACAAAUUCAUGGGCCUCUGAGGUGAAGACCAUCACGGAGGUUGGGCCCUCAGUGGGUGAUUUCACUGACUCCCCACAAGCUGGCCACCCCACUGAGCAGCGGGCACUACUGGGAAGUAGUGGAAGCCAUACUAAGUGGCCAAAGCCCCCAGCAGAGAAGAAGGCCGAGGAGAGCCGCUAUGUGGUCCGGCUAAGUGAGAGCAACCUGGUCAUCUGAGGGCACUACAGCCCUGUCCUGGGAGGUUCCGAAGGCUUCCUGGAGGAGGUCGAGCUGCAGCUGGGCCUGCAAGGAUCAAGAAGCAAUGGCCCAGCAGACAAAACGGCAAGGCUGGAGGUGGCAGUGUCUGCCCCCGCGCGGAGGCCGCGGCAGGCGCAGUACACAGGAGCAAGCUGAAAGCCCACCCGUCCCUGCCACCCAGUUCCUUCCCUGCAGGAUGCCCCUGACCCUGUGCCCUGGUCAGAUCCUGGGACCCGUGAGAUCCUCUGUGCCACCAGGAGGCCAGGCCGUGAUGGUGGGAGGGGCCCUCUGCUUGGCACCCCUGGCCCCACCCUUGGUAAUUAGCCACCUCCUGCCUCUGUCCAGGGCCCCAGAGCAGAUGUGCCUCCCCUCCUCUCCCGGCAGGACCUGUGAAGGGGAGGGGCAACAACAUGCCACGGGCAGGGAGUCUGAAUCCCUGGGUUCUAUUCCCUGGCAAGUCCCUGGCCAUCUCUGGGUCCCCCUUUUUCUGACUGUGAAGUCUCAGUGCCCAGGGCCUCUCCAGCUCCCUGCGGGCUCUGGGCUGUGUCGUGGGUGCGAGCUUACCUCCUGGCCACCCCUCCCACUAGUAGCUUUAUCUGGCCCCAUUUUUGCUGCUUCCAGGGCCUCCGCCUUCAAGGCCCCCAUGGGGCUGCCCAUCCAUGGCUCUGCCUCCAGAAGGGGCUUCAUGCAUGUGCCUGCCUCCGACCCUGCUGUUUUUAUUUAUUCAAAUUGAUAAAACAGACUUGACCUGGGUGGGGCCCAGCCACCCCCACGAUAUCAGGAGCUUUGGGGGAGGGUGUGUGACAGGCUGGAGAGGCACCUCUGCCUUAGGUGGUCUGUGUCCCUGUGGUGUUGGUGUGUCUGUCCCUUAGUGUGGGCAGUGCGGGCAACUGCCCCGCCCGUCUCCACCCUGGCUCGGCAACCUGGUUAUUUAUGUGGGCUGUGCAGGCACGGGCCCCACUGUUGCCCCAUUUCUUAUUUAUUGAAACUGUGCUGUUGCCCUGUCCUUGCGUCUCCAGCCCCAUCCAUUUGUUGAAUAAAAGGUGGGAGCGUUGUGUCA